CGGAUGCGUCAUAAGACAUUUUGGGGCAAGUGACGACGGUGUCAGUCAGUCGGUCGCUGAUACGACCGCUUCUCCCCUAAAAAAGAGACAAACUCUUGAAAGCAGUACGACUGAGAAAUUAACCAGCCAGCCGGACAUAAAGUCAUUGCUUUGAGGGAACCCGUAAGAGGCUACUUGUGCGGCAGCCAUGUCGGGCUCCUACGACGACUCCAUGAUCGACGUGUCCAGCGACAGCUUCUGGGAGGUGGGCAACUACAAGCGCACGGUGAAGCGCGUGGACGACGGCAACCGGCUCUGCAACGACCUCAUGAGCUGCAUCCACGAGCGGGCGCGCAUCGAGAAGUCGUACGCGCAGCAGCUGACCGAGUGGGGCAAGCGCUGGAGGCAGCUCAUAGAAAAAGGCCCCCAGUACGGCAUGCUGGAGCGGGCGUGGUCAUCGCUGUGCACGGAGGCGGAGAAGGUGAGCGAGCUGCACAUGGAGGUGAAGGCGGCGCUGAUGGCCGAAGACUACGAGAAGCUGAAGAACUGGCAGCGCGACGCCUAUCACAAGCAGAUGAUCGGCGGCUUCAAGGAGACCAAGGAGGCCGACGACGGCUUCCGCAAGGCGCAGAAGCCCUGGGCCAAGAAGCUCAAAGAGGUGGAGACCAUGAAGAAGUUGUACCAUUCCGCCUGCAAGGAGGAGAAGCUGGCGGCCAGCCGGGAGACCAACAGCAAGCUGGAGAGCAACAACAAUCCCGAAGCGCAGAAGAAGCUCCAGGAGAAGGUGGAGAAGUGCCAGCAGGAGGCGCACAAGACCAAGGAACGCUACGAAAAGUCCCUGGAGGAGCUGGACAAGUUGACGCCUCAGUACAUGGAGAACAUGGAGCAGGUGUUUGAGCAGUGGCAGCAGUUUGAGGACAAGCGCAUUCGCUUUUUCAAGGACCUCCUCCUGGAAGUCAAGCAGCACUUGGACCUCUCCACCAAUCACAAGUUCCAGACCAUCUACCACACGCUGGAAGACACGAUCAACGCCACGGACGCAGAGGAGGACCUGAAAUGGUUCCGGUCCAAUCACGGCCCCGGCAUGCCAAUGAACUGGCCUCAAUUUGAGAACUUGGACUGGUCCCACGUUCGCUCCUCUAAGAGAAGGUCCAUUGUAGACUGGUCCAUAGACCUAAACCGGAGCCUCAGCAGGCGGGGGACGAAGAAGCCCUCCGAAGGCGUCACACUGACGGGUAUCAGUCAAACCGGAGCCGACCAGCCGGUCCAGCCGCUCAAGACCAACAACAGCAGCAUCCACUCUCUCACUGUGUCCCGCACCAUUAGCCCGAGUGUGCCUGCGAAAGCGGCGCCGGCGGGCUCCAACCCGUUUGACGAGGACGACGACGACGAAGACGAAGAGGAGCAGGAAGUGCAGGUGGAGGUGGUGGAGGAGACGCCGCCCGCACUCAACCACAUCAGUGGCGAAAAGGAGGAAGUGAAAAUCGUCAGCAGCAUGGAGAGGACCCCGGACUGGUCGGACGAGGACACGAACGCCAACCCCUUCGCUGCAAAUGGCGACGGCAACCCGUUUGAGGAUGAGCCGGCCUCGCCGGUGGUGUCGGUGCCCGUCCGGGCGCUGUACGACUACGAGGGUCAAGAACAGGACGAGCUGACCUUCAAAGCGGGCGACGAGUUGACCAAAAUCGGCGAGGAGGACGACCAGGGCUGGUGUAAAGGUCGACUCAAGGACGGCCAGGUCGGCCUCUAUCCCGCCAACUACGUGGAGGACAUUUAGUGAUGACCGCAAGUGAGUAAAAGAGGCUCAAGGCGGCUUUCUCGCAAAUGUGUACCGUGUCUUUGUUAGAGAACAAGAGAAGGACUCGCCCAAAUGACCUCGUUAGGCCUUCGCAAGAUGGAGCAUCACGUCAUUUUGGCAUUAAAAGACACUUUUUGACACUGUUACAAAUAAUUGCUCACGCUCAUCAAGUUAAACGCAGUUAACACUGGGCCUGAUGAAAUGUGUCAUUACACACGCAAUGGACUUUGGUAAUAAAGGGAGAUAAGGGGAGGGAGGGGGGCGCAGUUCACGCGACUUGAGUUUUGUCCAGUGGCGCCCUCGUGUGGUUCACUUCGGGGUGGCGGUUUCCUUUGGCACUGCACUUGAAUGUAAACUCGCUGAUUGUAUUUUUGUUUAUGACCUGUCCACCAAGUCUUUGCUGUUGUUGUACAUUUAACCACUGACCUAAUUACAUACAAUCCUCUCUACUUUUGAUUCUAUGAUAGAUUGUAUUCUUCUUCUGCUUCUUGUUAUUGUUAUUUUUGCUACUUUAUUCAACACUGAAUAAUCCGACAAGGCUUGAAGCGCCACAUCAGUUCCAAGAAUGGAAGAUAUUUUUUUGUUUGUUUGAUUUUAAGGCCAUACAACCGCAGCGAAACAUGGUAUUGUAUAGGCGCAUGUUAAUGACACAAAUUAAGCUUUGGAAUGGUCGGAAGUUGAUAAUUAUUAAUUUAUGAUACUCUGCAGUCCUUUUUGUUCUCUUUCAAUGCUCUGAUUAAGAAUCAGUUUGUCCAAAAAUGGAAUGUUUUGUGUUGUUUUCCCUUCUUACCCGUGUGUUUAUUUUUUUCCCUUUUUGACAUGGGGCCAAAUUCAAACAAUUAGUAGGCUACUACGUGAAUCAUUACUGAUAUGAUACCUAAUUUCAAAACCUUUUACAGAUAUGUUUUUAAUAUUAUUAUUAUUAUUAUUAUCUGUUAUGAUGACAACUUUGUCUUUGGGAGACAUUCUUUAUUUGCUUUGUGUAUCCAUGAUUUUGUGAAAAAAAACAACAACAAAAAAAGCUAACCCUGAUGCCUUCAAAUGCAGCAACGAUGAAUUCCAAGUUUUGCCAAGUUUUUAGGGCACACACUUUGUCAUUUGCACAGUUCAUGUUUGUAAAUGUUGUCCGACACGAUAUAAUAAAUGAAUUUAUUGCAGUA